AUGGCAUCAAGAGAGAUUUUCACCUUGGCCUACGAGGAGGAGCCCACCACUGUCUCCUCUGACAUGUCCAUUGACAACCUUUUCCCUGCUUUACUGGAAUGCUUUGGCAUCAUCCUGUGUGGCUACUUGGCUGGAAAGACUAACAUCAUCACCUCCACACAGGCCAAAGGGUUGGGAAACUUUGUAUCAAAGUUUGCCCUCCCUGCAUUGUUGUUCAAAAACAUGGUGGUGCUGGACUUUGACAAUGUUAUUUGGCCCUUUCUGUGGAGCAUCCUUAUUGCCAAAGCUUCUGUGUUUGCAAUUGUUUGUCUUCUGACACUGGUGGUGGCCAACCCGGAGAGUCGAUUUAGUAAAGCUGGUCUUUACUCAAUAUUUGCCACCCAAAGCAAUGAUUUUGCUUUAGGGUAUCCUAUUGUUGCUGCGCUCUAUAAGAAUACAUUUCCAGAAUACCUCCAGUACAUUUACCUGGUUGCGCCCGUUUCUCUUAUGAUCCUCAACCCUAUUGGAUUUGGCUUCUGUGAGAUCCAAAAAUGGAAAGACCAAGCCAACCACCAACAGAGUAAACUGGUCAUACUGGGACAUGUGAUCCUGCAGGUCAUGAAGAAUCCCAUAGUGUUCAUGGUCAUUAUCGGCAUUAUUGCUCACUUUGCACUGCAUCAGAGAAUCCCAGCAUUUAUGGCUGAGUUUGUCGACGGAUUGGCUAACUCUUUCGGGGGAGCAGCUCUCUUCUAUUUAGGUCUGUCCAUGGUUGGCCACUUGGGGAAGUUGACCAAGUCCACAGUUGUGACUCUGAUACUGCUGAUCACUGCAAAACUGUUAUUAUUACCCCUCAUUUGUAAAGACAUGGUGGAACUGCUGGACAAUAGCAACACCAGUACUUUAAACCACUCAAGCCUCUCCAACUAUGCAUUUCUCUAUGGAGGCUUCCCCUCUGCACCAAGUGUGGCCAUCUAUGCUGUUUACUACAACGCAGAGGUGGAAGUUGUGACAUCUGGCAUGGUCAUCAGCACUUUUCUGUCCGCCCCUAUAAUGUAUGUCUCUGCCUGGCUGUUGACAAGCAGUUGGAUGGACCCAGAUGUUUUGAGGAAGUCCUUGCAGAAUGUCAGCUUCAACAUCAGCAUAGUGGGACUAAUUGUUCUUGUUUGGACGAUCAGUGUCUUGUUUCUCAGUAAGAAAGUCAAGAAGCUGCCUCACAAGUUUGCUGCCAAUUUAUUCUUGGCUCAGUUCAUGACAUGCCUUGGAAUGAUUCUUUGGAAUUAUGUAGUUUACUCCGACAACUUAAUGGGACAGGUUUUCACAUUCACACUUUUAAGCAUCUCCCUCUACAGCACUAAUGUGUGGACAGGUCUGAUAGCACUGUCUCUUGUUCUGUUAAAAAAGUAUGAGGAGGUGAAAGUGUCAUCAGACAUAUUGGUCAUUGUGGGCUGGGGGAUCCCAACUUUUGUAACAGGAGUUUUAUUAAUCUCUGGUGAAAAGGUGCCGGACACCAUAGAUUUUGCUUUCUUUUAUGGCAAACCUCAGAUCAUUUGUUCCACUGUUGUGGCUGCUCUGAGCAUACUCCUCACAGGAGUAUCUCUUGUGUGUAUCAGCCGAGGAACUUGGGAACCAAAGGAGGAGAGAGACUCGCCCUCUAGUGAAGAAACUCCGGUUGAACCUGAAACCACAAGUCCGUCUGAUUCACGUUGUUGCUCAGGCAAUAGUGAUAGAGCUUGCCUCAUAUGUGACUCUCAUGAGGCCACGCCUCAGCCCAUGCCUGACAUGGUCCUAAACACAAAUAUGAACGAUGCUUCAGUCAGCGGCCAGUGUGAAACUGACUGUGACCCGACACAGUGCCUGCUCAUUCAGCAGGAGGAGGAGCGGCUGCACUUUUCAGACAGACAAGUGGCUCGUCAUCUUAUCUUGUGUCUGCUCCUCACCGUCUGCUUGUUUGCGAACUUGUCCAGCUGCCUUUGGGUGCUGUUGAAUCGGGUUCCAGGUAGACUCUAUUUAGAGCUGCAGUUCUUCUGUGCCAUGGCCAACUUUGGACAGGGCCUUCUCUCAUUUGCACUUUUUGGAUUGGACAAACAUUUCAUCAUACUUCCCUUUAAAAGAAGGUUAUUCUCCCUCUGGAACAGUAGAAGACGACCGGACCAGCUCUGGACAGACCUUCCAGAGGAAAUUAGAAUGAUCUGUACUCAGUUUACCAAAUAUCACAAAGAGCAGUGUGGAUAUGAUAUUGUCAGACAAAGAAGGUGUGGGAAGAAGACUAUGGUGGCGUGUUUCGUGGGUUCUGAGCUGGUGGACUGGUUACUGCAGGUGGGCCUGGCUCUGGACCGGGGGGAGGCUGUCCUCUAUGGGACGAGGCUGCAGAGCGGAGGUGUGCUACGACAUGUGAACCACCAGCACAGUUUCCAGGACAGUCUUCUAUUCUAUUGUUUCACAUGA